AUGAGCCCUUCCAACAAUGCCAUUUCUCAACCUCAACGCAAGACUCCUCUUCCCUUCCGUACCUUCAAGAGCAUGUCUCUCAAUGUUACCUGUGGUGGUACUGGCUCAUUGCUACUUGUACGCAGUCACCCAAUGAAGCGUUCUAAACGUGCAUACCGUCGUAGUAUAAACCACUGUCCUUCCUCUUCGGUAAAUGAGAAUAAGGAAAACAUAUCAACGGUGUCCAAGGCAGCUUCUGUAAACUCGGUAAAACGAGCUUUAGCGAUCUCGGAAAUCAUGAACGAAACCACCAUACUCGAUCUCUUUCAUAUGCCUAUGUCGGACAAGGCGCGAGACAUUACAAAUCGCGUAAACAAUGAAUUACGUUAA